CCAGUAGACUCGAUCCCUCGUUCUUACCAAUCCGAUUCAAAUGAUUCGCCUCCUCACCAACAUCCUGGUUAUUGCCUUGGUCGCCGCCGAUAACGCCUGCACCGAUGCUGAUAAGAAAACCAUCAAAGGCACGCUCUUCCCCGGUUACCUUUGGUACUGUAGUAAGAAGGCCCUCUUAGAUCCAAAGGGCGUCAUCCCGAAGUGCCUUGAGGACGGUUGCAAGCUCACGGACAAGUGUGCCGAGUGCUUUGGUGAAUUCGGACAGUGUGGAUUGUCUUGCGUUACACAGUGCUUGACCAAACCCUCUGAUCCGGAGUGUAAAGCCUGUAUGGAGAAGCACAACUGCAAUAAGCCACUCCUGACCUGCACAGGCCUAUCCGAGAUCAUGCCUGGCCCGACGAAGGAGUCUCAGACAUGCCCUCACUGAUGUCUAUCUCAUUUCAGUGCUCCUCGGAGUCAAAACAACUUUCCCGAGCCUGAUUAUGCAGAAAGUCUGUUUUGACAUUCCGAUACCGCCGCUCUUCCGGUGUCUAACACUGUCUUUGUUAUGGGGUUUCCACAACCCUCGAAGAUUGUAUGAAGGUCGCUCCGGAUGGCGUAGGUCUCUUUUCCGAACAAUCCGCUUUUCGACAUUUGGCAAACGAUUAAGGGUGGACAUCCACCGAUUUUUUCAUCGGGUAUAAACCGAUUUAUCAUCAGUUUGA